AUGUCAGAGGACAUCUUAUAUCAAAGGCGCCAAAUAUGCAAAAAGGACAACUUGGUACUCUCAGAGAUGGAAAUUGAGAGUUAUGCGCUUGCAGCUAUUGACAAGUUGUUACAGUCUGUUGGGAAAUCUCUAAAACAUUUCACUCAGCUACCUCAACCUGAUGAAAGUUUUAUGAAUUGUGGUGAAGACAAUUUAAUCAUUGAAGAAACUUCAUACAAUACUGUACAUGAGUAUCUUAAACACGAGGACAUGAUAUCCAGACUUAAUGAAGAUCAAAUGUCUGUGUACCAAAAUAUCAUGCAUUCAGUGGAUAAUAAAGAAGGUGGUUUGUUCUUCGUAUAUGGAAGUGGAGGAUGUGAUGAAGACUCAUCAUGCAACAUUUCCCAUAAUUCUGAUAUUGCACAACUGUUGAAGAAAAUGGAUCUUAUUAUAUGGGAUGAGGCUCCCAUGCAACACAGGUAUGCUUUUGAAGCAUUGGAUCGUACACUACGUGAUAUUAUGAAGUCUGUAGCGCCUGAUAGAUAUCAUAAAGUUUUUGGUGGAAUAACUGUGUUGCUUGGUGGUGAUUUCCGGCAAAUACUUCCUGUAAUAAACUUUGCAACACGUAGUGAGAUUGUUUCUGCAAGUAUAACAAGAUCUAGGCUGUGGGAUGAAUGUAGGAUAUAUCUGCUUAGUAUUAACAUGCGUGUCAAGAAAGAUAGUUUGAUCAUAGAGGAUAAUUUGAUUGAGAAAUUUAAUAAAUGGGUACUCGAUGUUGGAGACGGAAAGAUCCCAGACUGUAAUGGUGAAGAAGAUGGCUUUGAUGGAGUUAAUAUUCGGAUUCCUGAAGAAUUUUGCAUUUUAAAAGACAAUUUCAACGUUGAAGAUAUUAUUGAUUCCACAUAUCCUGAUUUCUUGCUCAACUACCAAGAUGAAUCAUAUAUAUCUCAAUGUGCUAUCCUUAGUCCAACAAAUGAAAUAGUUCAGCAAGUGAACUCUGUGAUGCUACAAAAGAUCCCAGGGAAAUGUCAUUCAUAUUUGAGUAUUGACUCUGCCGAAGAGUGUGGUGACACUGAUGAAGAAUUCAACGCAUCAUAUCCAGAAGAAUAUCUACAUGCUUUGAACGAACCUGGUUUGCCUCCACACAAUGUUAUGCUCAAAAAAAAUGUGGUUGUCAUGCUGAUGAGAUAUCUAAACCAAAUCUUAGGUCUCUGCAACGGCACGAGGAUGAUAGUACGCAAGUGUUUGAAACAUUGUGUCAUGUGUGAGGUCAUUUCAGGCAGCCAUAAAGGGAGUAUUCACUUCAUACCACGUAUCCAAAUGUCUCCUAGCGAUAGUCGUUUACCAUUUAAGCUAAAUCGUCUCCAAAUUCCUCUUCAGAUAUGUUAUGCAAUGACGAUUAACAAAUCUCAGGGUCAAUCACUAGAUAGAGUAGGUCUUUAUCUCCCAAGCUGUGUUUUUUCACAUGGUUAG